AUGUCAAUCGUGGAUUUAAUUUGUCGUUUAGUUGCGAGAAUAUAUUUCACGUUUGUGCGUAUUGUAUGUUGGAUUGUUGGAGUGGUUCUCAGGAAACGAAAUGUACCGAAACCAGAGAAUAGUCUACUGCUAAUGAGUGCGAAACAAGCGGCUGAUAGGAUUCGCAAACGAGAGAUCAAAAGUAUCGAUCUGAUUGAAGCGUAUAUUGCUCGAAUUGAACAAGUGAACGGCAUUACCAAUUCGGUUGUGGAGAAUAAUUUCGACGAGGCACGUCAAAACGCACGAGAAGUGGACACGAUUCUGGAUAGUAUCGAUGAGAAGGGCGAAGCUUUCAAUGAA